UGUAUUUAAUGGGUGGUUACGUAUUUUAAAGAAGACGAAUGCUAAAUAUAGCUAGCUAGUAAUUGUUUAAUAAAGCAUGAAAUCUCGAAUGUUCGUGGAGAAUGAGAUAAUGCCACAAAUUAAAUAAAAUAGCAUGCGCCGUUAACUUGUUUGGGCAUAUCUGGUUUGUAUCGCGAGGACUGUAGCUACACUUCUAACGCUGUCACUUAUGAUUAGCAAAACAUUUGAAAGUGUAUAGAACACAGAAUAUUCCCACAGGGUGGUAUGUGAAGCUCAUGAGUCAAGGCUCAAGUUACACUUCACGCUGAUUAGUGCAGCGACCCGCAGGGUUUAACUUGAAAGCGAAAAGGAUUACUUAAUUAGUUUUGCUCCAGCUUGGUCUGAGUUCGAUGAUGAAGGAAACGUUGUCUGCAGUGCUUUUCAUAUUAGCAGUUUCCCAGACGUCUUCACAAAGAGUUACUUGUUCACCUGGAUGGGCCCUCAAUGGAACUUCAUGUUAUUAUGUGUAUACCGAUCGCGCCCAGAAACUUAACUUUUGGAAGGCAAACAGAUGGUGCAAGCAACGGAAUAGCUUCCUAACAAGUGUGCUGAGCCGAAGAGAAAAUAAUUUUCUGGAUCGACUUAUCAACAGAACAAAUCUUCGACCAAACGAAACGUUUUACGUAGGGCUGAGAACGAAUGUUCGCAAGUUAUCAUGGGUAGAUGGAGAGCCUUACAACUAUACGAACUGGUACAACAACAGUAACGAUCAGGAACUAUUGAAGGAUAACAAACAAAGAUGUGCUUACUACAAUUAUCUACAUCAGUGGCAACUAAAUGAUAAGUGUGGAACAAACCGACUCUUUAUCUGCAAACAAGCAAAAUCCUCAGGAGCUGCUUGUUCACCUGGGUGGGUCGUCUAUGGAACUUCAUGUUAUUACGCGUAUACAAAUCAUACCCAGAAACUUAACUUUUGGAAAGCAAAGGGAUGGUGCAAGAAACGAAAUGGUUCUCUGACAAGUGUGCUGAGCCAAAGAGAAAAUGAUUUCCUGGAUCAACUUAUUAACAGAACAAAUCUUCGACCGAACGAAACCUUUUAUAUAGGGCUCAGAACAAUAAAUAAUGCUCGUAAAUUAUAUUGGGUCGAUGGAGAGCCUUAUAAUUACACAAACUGGUACAACAACAGCGACGAACAGGAACUAGUGAAAGGAAAUCAACAAAACUGUGCUUUCUACAAUCAUCUACAUCAGUGGCACCUGGAUGAUAAAUGUGGAACAAAGAGACUCUUUAUCUGCAAACAGCUGCAAUCAACCACUACAACAACAACAACAACAACAAAUGCAGCAUCAAAGACAACAACAACAACAACUCUAUCUGGUUCCUCGCCGAGCAGUAGUCCAUUAACAGAGAAAGGAAAACUGAGUUUUCCAGUCACGCAAGGAAAACCGGGCGAGACCUUAAAGAAGUUAAGCAAAGUACUGGACUCAUUGGAAGGCGCCUCUUUGAAUAAAUCAUCUGCCAAGAAAAAUAUGGAGGAAUUAGGAACAGUUUUGGACAGUGUGGUGGAUUCUGCUCCACAGCCGGUGGCUCAGCUUUCGCAAGUGAUUGAAAUGGGUGAGAGGAUUGGAGAGCUGAUUGUGAAAGGAUUAAGGAGAGGAGGGAAUAUUACUGAACUAACAAGCGUCCAAAUACAGACUGGCUCCAUAGUCCUUGGAGUUUCCAUGUUACCUCCAGUUCAGUCAAUAGAAAGCGCAGAAUCAGUGUCUUUUCCAGAAGAAGACAGACAGAAAGGCAGCAUCAAUCUACCAGCUUCACUAAUGUGGAGGGCACAGCUUGAAGAUGGUGUCUCUGUUUCCAGUCUUCUGCUUUCUAAUGUCAGUGUGACAGCUGAUCCUCAAAGCAGCAAAAUAUUGAACUCAGAAAUCAUUUCAAGCACUAUUCUUUUUAACAAUGGAAGCAAAUUUCAGAAUUUGAGUGAGCCUGUUGUAAUAAAUCUCUCAUCAGUCACGGAGGUAUGA